AUGUCCAACAGCAGCUCCAUCACCCAGUUCCUCCUCCUGCCGUUCACAGACACACGGGAGCUGCGGCUCUUGCACUUCUGGCUCUUCCUGGGCGUCUACCUGGCUGCCCUCCUGGGCAACGGCCUCAUCAUCACCACCAUAGCCUGGGACCAGCACCUCCACACCCCCAUGUACUUCUUCCUGCUCAACCUCGCCCUCCUUGACCUGGGCUCCAUCUCCACCAUUGUCCCCAAGUCCAUGGCCAAUUCCCUCUGGGACACCAGGGCCAUUUCCUAUUCAGGUUGUGCUGUGCAGGUCUUUCUGUUUUUGUUCUUCAUUUCAGCAGAGUUUUAUCUCCUCACCGUCAUGUCCUACGACCGCUACGUUGCCAUCUGCAAACCCCUGCACUACGGGACCCUCCUGGGCAGCAGAGCUUGUGUCCACAUGGCAGCAGCUGCCUGGGCCACUGGGUUUCUCACUGCUCUGCUGCACACGGCCAAUACAUUUUCACUGCCCCUGUGCAAGGGCAAUGCCCUGGACCAGUUCUUCUGUGAAAUCCCCCAGAUCCUCAAGCUCUCCUGCUCACACUCCUACCUCAGGGAACUUGGGCUUCUUGUGGUCAGUGCCUGUUUAGCUUUUACGUGUUUUGUGUUCAUUGUGGUGUCCUAUGUGCAGAUCUUGAAGGCCGUGCUGAGGAUCCCCUCUGAGCAGGGACGGCACAAAGCCUUUUCCACCUGCCUCCCUCACCUGGCCGUGGUCUCCCUGUUCAUCAGCACUGCCAUGUUUGCCAACCUGAAACCCCCCUCCAUCUCCUCCCCAACCGUGGACCUGGUGGUGUCAGUUCUGUACUCAGUGGUGCCUCCAGCAGUGAACUCCCUCAUCUACAGCAUGAGGAACCAGGAGCUCAAGGAUGCCCUGAGGACACUAAUGUCUGGAUUCUUGUCAAAGACAUUAGAAUUCCCAUAUUCUGCAUAUCACUCAUGA